UUUUUUUGCCUUGCUUAUUUUGCAUAGACCUCCAAGUGCAUCUAUUCCAUGGAUUUAGCCAUCAACAUCACUUCUUCCUGCGGGGUUCGAGUCUUGCUGGUGCCUGUGUCGCCCAUUAAGAAAUCCACGUUUUGGAAGCAUGUUGAACUGGUAAAAAAGUUUAGUGUCGUUCGGCUCGGUGACGUGACGCCCGACUUGCAGAAAGGUGCCGGUGCAAAAUUCAGCAGCCAAGUAUUCCAAGAAGGACAGAUGCAUUUUCAAUUCAUGACCACCUACAAGCGCGACCACGCUCAUCUCGAAGACUUUCAACCUCAUCGUCGCAUUUUUGGAGUGAUUGGUAUCAUGGAUUGCCAAGAAUGGAACAAUGGAGACUUGAGUGAAGGCUACCGACGCUUCGUAGAGACCCUGGAUCAGUAUCCUACAGCGAUCGCUACACGAUGUUUUGCUUUUGAUCCCAACGAGAACCAACCGGAUGAUACCAAAGGAUUGAUCAUGAUUCCGAACGUAGGAAACAUGUCGUUUUACAUGAGCACAAUGAUUUGCGAUUUUGCCAGUGAAAUCCUCAGUCAGUUCGCUAGCAUUGCUUCACGGAUCGAGCAAUUACAAGCGUUGGAAUCGCCUUUACCGGUGGGGUAUGCUGCGUAUGAUAUGCCCAAAGCCGCACCACAGCCAUCGAUGAGUUCACCAGACGUCAAAUCUCGAACCACAUCGAAUUAUCGCGCUUCGCAACCACCGGUGCCAACCCAAUCCGUCUCCUCCUCUUUUCUCAAACGAUCCUCCACCACUUCGGCCAAUAGUCGAACGACCAAUAAAUUCUCACCCAUGCCUCCACCCACAUCUCCGCCUCUGCCUUCACCGUCCACGACAGGCGCCUCCAUGAGCCGGUCUUCGAGUGCGCAAGGCAUCGCUGCCAGCGGAGAUGCAGGAAAAACAAGACGACGGACGCCUGGACGCAUCAAAAAAUUGCUGGCCGAUUUUUACUUGCUUGCAGGCCGCUUACCCGAUGCAGUAGAACAUUAUAAUAUUGCCAUCGACAUGACCAAAACUACCUCUGACUAUCUCUGGCUGGGCAGCGCCAUGGAAGGUCUUGUCUGCGCCACACUCCUGCUAGAAUACCUUCACGCGGAUAUUGGGCACUUUGUGUCCCGAUCACAAUCCAUGUCACCUAUGGCUCCCUCCUCCGAGACAUCAAGUAUGACCAGUGAACCUGCUGGACCUCCCUUGGAGGCGAGCGCCAAAUCGACGGUAGGCCGGGUGGUGGAACAAUACACUGCAUUAUUGCAAUAUUACGGCAAGGUAGGCUCAACGACGAGCAUGCCCAUGCCGGCCCUCGUUUAUGCCGAAGCGUGUGCCAAAAUGGCGCGAUUUCUCCUCACCGUCUACGUUCACGGCAGCUGGAGCGAAAAUGUCUUGUCUUUGCUAGUGCAGCGCAAGUUGACCAAUGACACGCGACUAUCUGGCGGCCACGAUAGAAAUCACCAACCACUUUACAGCGACGUGGACGAUCUGGCCAAACAAAAACAGAGUAAUAUACCCCGGCAUGAAAUUGCCGAAUGGGCCAUGCGGAUAUGGUCGACGCGAAUGGAAGAUGUGCUGUUACUGGAUCAGAUUUAUCUGAUGAAUCAAAUGGCUUCGGUCCUUUCCGCUAUUGCGUAUCAUCGUAAAGCGGCAUGGAUGAUGUACGAAAGCACGAACCGCAUGCUUCCGUUAUUGAUCCAAGGGCGUGCUACCCUCGCUGCCUCUCGGGAUACCUCCAAAAGAAAAAUUGAAGAACAUGACACGGGCAUUUUACAAGUGUUAAAAACCAUUUGUGAAGUGUAUGGUAUAGGCGAACGUAAUGUUCAUGAUGGUGGUGCUUUGGCGUCGUUGGAUAGCGAGGACGGACAUGCCCGUUUGAAUGCGGGUAAUAAAGAACAACUGCGGUUCGGAUGGGCGGCUCUUCAAAUCGAUAUUUUACGUCAAUGCAUCCGUGUGGCCGAAUCACUACCAGAUUACGCAUCGAUGCUUUAUUAUACGACCGUCUUAUUGAAAAACCUUUAUCAACACAUCUCCAAAGAAGAGCAAAUGCGUCUAGCAUCAUCUAUUCAGGAUAUUGUCGCAUUGGGUAAGCGAGCUGGCCAAGUCGAGCGUAGUGUGAACUACUGGGGCGUCAAUAUCGUUUCGGAAAUCGAAGGUCUCCAGCCUAUUUCUCGGAAAGCAGUGUAUCAACAUCCCCUUCUCAGCAAAACCGUGGCAGCGGCUACCAAAGACAACGGAGAUCCUUUCAUUUACAACCCAUUUGCUCAAAAGAAGAAUACAAAGUAUCAAGUGACGUUGGUAAAGAAUGAGGUGUCAGAGUUCAAAGUGACCCUUUGCAAUCCAUUUGGGUUCGACCUUGAGCUGCAACAUAUUACCCUCAGUACGGCCGGUGUUCCCUUUUCGGCCAUUCCUACUUCAGCUAAUAUUCCCGCCAACGGGACCUUGACACUUCGCAUGACAGGCACACCUCAUGAAACCGGGGUUCUCAUCAUUCGAGGUUGUUACAUCAAGAUUGUCGGAUUCGCAGAACAAGAAUUUUUAGUCGAUGUUUCCCAUAAACUGAAAUCGGCCGAACCCAAAAAACGAGGCCAAAAAGAUGAAGAUCAGUCAAAGGACGAUUUUAUCAAGGUCAAAUACAGUGGGCUACGUGCUAUCCAAAGUGGACGUAAACGAGAGGCUUCCCUGGAAACCAAGCCCAUGCAAUUUUAUCAGCUCAAUGUGAUUGAUGAUCAACCCUUGCUUAAAAUCAAAUCGACAUCGCUUCUUCACGGUGCGGUGAUGUUAUACGAGGGAGAAAUGACCAAUGUGUCCAUUGAUUUGGAGAAUAUUGGCAAUAUUCCUGUGGAUUUUAUUACAUUGUCCUUUACUGAUUCUACAACGUUGCACCCGUUACCGAUCAAUCCAGAAUUACCACUGGAAGAACAGUACGAGAUUGAGCUCUUUAUCAAGGGCAUGCAUGUCUUUUCAUGGGAAGGAUCCACAAGCGAUGGUCAUCAACAAAUCGGCAAGAAAAUAUGGCUGCCACCAGGGGAUCAUAUGGAAUUGGUGGUGAAUGUAUUUGGCAAACGAGGAUGUACGGGCGGUACGAUUCAAGUGGACUAUGGGUACCUUGAUCGCGCGGUGCUUAAGCAGGACAGUAAUACCGAAACGGUGGAGAGUGCUUCGACUGUGACCGCCGAUAAUUUUUAUACCCGGCAACUGUACUUGCCUGUGCUACUAACUGUGUAUCAAAACUUGGAGCCGCUUAAUUGGGAUGUAUUGUAUCUGCGUCACAGUGGUCUUGUCGCGGAUGAUGUAAUGCAUCAAACAUUGUCCGACUUGCGAGGGUUGAAACUUGAUAGUGACCAUGUAUUUGAGCAACCUGUCGAGAAGCUCUUGUUGGUGACUCAGCAAAUGGAAGGCGCUCAGCAAGAUCGAAAUGAUUAUUGCCUGGUGACACUGGAUGUCCGAAAUAUCUGGACCAUACCGUUUAAUAUUGAAAUGAUAUUGCAAUCAGAAGACGAUGAAGAUCCCAUCAAAUCCGUCGUCACUAUUCAACCAGGGUCCACAAAGAGAUUGCUGUUACCGAUGAAGCGUCUCUUUUUGACUCCAGAUGAAUGCCUGGAAUCUAUACCCUCGUUGGAACCGAAUCGUCAAUUUGUGGUAUCGCAAGCUCCCAAGAUGCCACCGGAACAGGAGCAAGCACGGUUAAAGAUGUUUUGGUAUCGAGAACAUUUGUUGCGUCGUAUCAAAGGCGUGUGGCGAUGCAGUGCUACGGGACGUCAAGGGUUACUGAACCUACGAGCAUCGCUGCGACUAACGCCCAUGCAACUCAGUAUUCUGGAAAAGGAAGAUAUCGAAUUCCUGAUCGAUGUCCAGGGAAACAGUGUCCUCAAAGCCGGCCAUCGACAAUUUUCGUGUCAAUGCAACGAUUUCGUUACCAUGCAUGUCUCCAUUCGCAACAGACAAGUUCAUCCUGUAAAACUGAUCUUGCGGGUGCAACCAGUGCAAAGUUACAAUGACGGAGCCAAAGAGUAUGAUCUCGUGGACAAAUUAUUAAUGCAAGGGUUACCCCAAGUCGUGUUGCGCGAGAUCCCGGCCAAUGAUACUGUGACGCACAGCAUUCCAUUAUGCUUUUUGUCUCGAGGUCGAUUUGAAUUUUUGUAUCAUGUAGAAGACGUGCAUACGCGUCAAGUGUACUAUGAUCAUGAUUGGACUAUUUUACACGUCCAAUAGAGAAUGUGUAUCAUCAUUUUUUGUAGCCUUGAGUUUUUGUAACCCGUACUAGUAGAUUAUGAAUAGAAACCAAGGCAUGAGUCAUCAUGUGAGGCAAACUUUUGGAAAUAAAUAAUCAACUUACUCCUAGG